AUGACUGGGUGCAAUUACUCUACUGUGACUGAGUUUGUCCUAGAAGGACUAACACACCAGCCAGAACUCCAGCUGCCCCUCUUCUUCCUGUUUCUAGGGAUGUAUGGGGUGACUGUAGUGGGGAACCUGGGGAUGAUCCUCCUAAUCACUUUCAACGCCAAGCUCCAGUCUCCCAUGUACUUCUUUCUGGGUAAUUUGUCAUUCAUCGAUCUCUUUUACUCGACAGUUGUUACCCCCAAACUCCUGGGAAACUUUGUAUUGGAGCAGAAUGUUAUUUCCUACCCUGGGUGUAUGACACAGCUUUUCUUCUUUUGUGUUUUUGCUAUUGGAGAGUGUUUUAUGUUGACUGCAAUGGCCUAUGACAGAUAUGUAGCUAUCUGCAAUCCACUGCUCUACAGUGUCACCAUGUCCCAAAAAGUUUGCAGUGCAUUGGUGGCUGGGGUCUACACCAUAGGUACAAUUGGAGCUUUAUCCCACACAAUCUCUAUGACCAGGAUUUCCUUCUGUGGGGACAAUGUGAUCCACCAUUACUUCUGCGACAUAAUUCCUCUUCUCAAACUCUCCUGUUGUAGCACUUAUAUAAAUGAGCUUCUAGUGAUAUUUGUGGGUGGAUUUAAUGUGCUGUCAACAACUGGGACCAUCAUCAUCUCCUAUGCCUUCAUUAUUGCCAACAUUCUUCGAAUCCCCUCAGCUGCAGGCAGGUCCAAAGCCUUCGGCACCUGUGGCUCCCAUCUGACAGCUGUUGGGAUCUUUUAUGGCUCCAUCGUGUUUAUGUAUUUUAAGCCCUCCUCCAGCAGCAACAUGGCACAGGAGAAGGUGGCCUCUGUGUUCUACACCACCGUGGUCCCCAUGCUGAACCCCUUGAUCUAUAGCUUGAGAAAUAAGGAUGUAAAAAAUGUGCUGAGAAAAGUCAUUGCAAAGAGGUAUGGGUCACCUGAGGGUAGGGGUCAGAACCACUGA